GCUUAAAUAUAUAUUAUCACAUGCUCUCGAAUGCUAACGUACAUGCCAAGAAAGUUGAACGGCAACUAGAAAAAUAGAAGGAGAUGGGAAACACAACUUCCGCCUAGAAAUAUCAUGUUUGGUUCGACAACUGAACUCAGUUAAUCCGUAUACCCUUGCAGUAUACAGCACUCAGAUCCGCCUGAACAAAGAGGUACAUGGAGGUACUACUCGACAGCAAUCCCUUGACAACUACCAUGCGGUACCUUACCUUCCUAAUCCCGCUUGGCUAAUCGGGUAGGUUCAUUAGACGUGGCAUCUAUUGAUACAGCAAUUCGUCCGUUAGGAAGUCACUGCCACGGCUCCAGACGCUCGUAUAUUUAUGAGCCCCAGGGGAGCAGGAGAUCUCUUAUCUCUUUCUCCCUACUUUCUUGCUCAAGAGCGUUCCCUACAAUGGGCGCCGAAAAAACAGACGCUACUGCCUAUCAGAAAGGCGAAUUUUCUGACGUCUCAGACCGUGAUGCAGAGUCUAUCCGGGGCCCCCAGCCUCACACUUUGCAACGUAAACUCAAGAAUCGUCACAUCGCCAUGAUCAGUAUUGGUGGUGUCAUCGGUACUGGUCUUUUCGUCGGAACAGCAAACUCUCUGGCAUGGGGAGGUCCAGUCGGUCUGUUGCUUGGCUACAUGGUCAUGGGCUCCAUUGUAUAUUGUGUUAUGGUCACUUUGGGAGAAAUGGUUGCUUUCCUCCCCAUACCUGGUGGUCACAUCAAGCUGGCCGAGCGUUUCGUUGAUCCUGCAUUCUCUUUUGCCAUGGGUUGGAAUUACUGGUAUAACUGGACGAUUGUCUCACCUGCCGAGCUUUCCGCCGCCGCAUUAUUGAUGAAUUUUUGGAAUAACACUGUCAAUGAUUCAGUAUGGGUUAUCAUGUGCCUUGUCGUCGUUGUCACCAUUAAUAUGCUCGGUGCUGGCGCUUAUGGCGAGGCCGAAUUCAUAUUUGCAUCCAUCAAGGUUGUCACGAUCACCGGUCUUAUUAUUCUCGGUAUAAUCAUUGAUUUGGGAGGUGGCCCGAACCAUGACCGCCUUGGAUUCCGCUACUGGAAGAACCCUGGACCAUUUGUUCAGUAUAACGGCAUUCAAGGUUCCAAAGGCCGAUUCCUUGGCUGGUGGGCUGUGAUGACGCAGGCUGCUUUCUCGUUUAUUGGAACCGAGAUUGUCGCUAUUGCUGCUGGAGAAGCAAAGAACCCGCGUCGUACCUUGCCCAAGGCCAUCCGUCGAGUAUACAUCCGUAUCUUGCUUUUCUACAUCGGUGGAACAUUCGUCAUCGGUCUUCUUGUACCAUCCAACAACACGUCCCUCCAAUUGAAAAGUGGAACCGCCAAGUCUCCCUUCGUCAUUGCUAUCGAAGCAGCGGGAAUUAAAUCCCUACCUUCAAUUAUCAAUGCUUGUCUGCUGACCUCAGCAUGGUCCGCCUCAUCCAGUGACUUGUAUACUUCGUCUCGCGCGAUUUACGGUCUUGCAGCUUCAGGAAAUGCCCCUAAGAUUUUCCUUAGAACCACGCGCCAGGGUUUGCCUUACGUCGCUGUCAUCUUCUGCGCCUCCUUCUCGCUUCUCGCCUUUAUGGCUGUGUCCCAGGGUGCGGGCAAGGUGUUCGACUGGUUGUCCAACAUGACAUCUGUCGCUGGACUUAUGACAUGGUUUGGUAUUUCGGUGACAUACCUCCGCUUCUACAAGGGCAUGAAGGUCCAAGGCAUCGACCGCAAGACCCUCCCUUACUGGACGAAUCUCCAGCCGUAUGCAGCGUGGUAUGGAGUGAUUUCAACACUCACUAUCUGCAUCUUCAGCGGAUGGAGCGUCUUCCUCAAAGGAAAUUGGAACACUGCGACCUUCGUUACUAACUACAUCCUUCUAAUUGCCUGGCCAAUCCUGUACGUCGGCGCUCGCUUCUACUAUCGCACCGGACCCGUUGCUGCAGAGGACAUGGAUUUCAAGAGCGAUCUCGCUCAGAUCGAGGCGGAUACAUAUGACGAACCCCCACCACAGAACAAGAUGGAGGCAUUCUGGCGCUGGCUGAUGUGAUUAUACCUCAGAGUCUAAUUAUACCUCGAGCAUUAUCGUCUAUGUCAUUUAUUGUUUGUAAACCCCUCAAUUGUGCAACAUACCUUGUCUAUUGUAUGUCACUACCAAUAUAAUAAUAUCUAGCUAGCCAUUGAAAUGCGAGCCCGUCCAUUGCGCGCAAACCUAGAAUACAACGCCUAGCUAGUAGGUGACUUCCCGUAAGGUUUUACAGACAAAUUUCUCAUGCCUUAGCCGAAUAGCCGCGCUGGAUUUGGAAGGUAGCUGUCAAUGCCUGUCAAACGGUUGCUCUCGCAC